UCCAGUUCUGCUGAGUGCAUUCACCAUGUUGGCAGUAUGUCUGAAUCUGACAGUGCAACGGAGACGCAAGAAAAGAUUAAGUACCUCAUUGAUCAUGCUGAGGACUUGGUCAAGACAAGUCCACCACGAUCUACAGUGCCUGGAUCUCCAGAGAGGCGUCCUUCGCCAUCAAAGCAGACGCAGACUGUUUGCACAAGCACAAGCAGUGUGGAGGAGAGUUCCUGUGAUGCAAGUGGUGAGGAAAGUGACGACAGUGGUGCUGAAGAAUUUUCCACAGCCACAGACGAUGCAGACGAGACUUUAUUUGACAGUGUGAUAAAUCUGAACUCCACCAGUGAUUCACGGACAAGCCAGGAAGAUGUGCAAGCAUUUGUUACAGCUAAGCUUGCUAUUGACAGUGCCCAACUGCGCAAGCAUACAGGACAGCGGGGAAAUAGAAAAGAAAGACCAUGGAGUGUUGUUGAGUUUGAAGAGAUGAAAGAGAUAGAUUUCCGUCCUUUGUCUACUUCAGAAAGUGCAAUUGAUUCUCUUCGUAGCCAUACAGACACAGAUACUAACUUAGUUUCUCAGUUUCUCUUGCCUAGUUAUGCAUCAACAUUCCCACGUCAGAACUCAAAAGAUAGAAAAUUUAGACGUGCAUUCUCUUCAUGUGAUCAGUCGGGUACACAUGCUGCUAGGCGUAGGUUAAAAUACUCAUCUUCAAGCACAACAGAUAGUCAGGCAACCAAAAUUGCCUUGUCAACAGAAGAUGAGGAUAAUGACAGAACACUGCUAUUUGAUUCCAUUGAAAACAUGAGGUUUCAAGGUCAUUUUCCUUCUUCAAGCUCAGAAAGCGAGUCAUCAGAUGAAUAUGAGACUGCACCAAUGGAUGAGAUGAUGACGUCUGCUGACGAAGAUCCACACAACAGCACAGGCUCAUUUUCUGAAAAUGCUUGGGACAACUAUCAGCCUAUGUAUCCAACAGCAAGUGAAGAUGCCACGGAGGAGCCACUGCACUGGGAACCCUCUGAUGACCUAGAGUUUGAUGAUGAGUUCCAGCUGACACGUAACUCAACCUUCCUCAGGGAUGUCAUCAGUAGACGACCUGUGAAAGAGGAGCUGAAGGGUUGCAACCCAGGUGAAUGUGAAGACAGUGACUCUGAUAUGGAUGAUUUCCACUGUGUUUUGGAUGAUUCAGAAGCAGGCUUAAAGACAGCUGAUCAUUCUCUUAAGAAAAUCCGCAAGAAUCCCAUGGAUACUGGCCUUGCAGAAAAACCUGGGAUAUAUCGGGAGAUUUGGGAAACUUGUAAUACAAAUAUUACCUGCCUGAAAACUAUUUGUGAGCACCUGUCUUCAGAAGACAUUGGCAUUGGUGAUGUCCAGAGGGUUCAAGGUGAACUCCUUUACCAAUGGGAAAAACUGCAAGCACUUGCUUCAGAGAGGCACCAGCAGGCUCAGCAACUGUCAGCAGCCAGCAAAACCAUUGUGCAAAUGAAAUACUUGCUUCAUCAAGCAGACCAGUCUGUUACUGUUGAGAACUUCAGCACAAAGGAAGAACUUCAUGACUGUUUACUUAAGCUGAAGUUAAUGCAGAGCAAUCUGGAAAAUCAACAGCAUUCUAUUGAAGAACAUCAGCAGAUGUUUGACAGCUUUGCUCGACAUCAUCCACACAUUAAUGUUGAAAAGUAUGUUCAGGAGUUUGCAUCACUGGAGAAGUUUACACAUGAAAUGAAAGAAAAAGUGCCAACACCUCUUGACCUGGAAAAAAAGUGGGAAGUGUGGUGUCAGUACUUAGAGGAGCAAAAGGAACUAGACACAAUGACUGCUGCUGCUCGUGAACGCCUCUUAAAUCUUCUGUGCCGGCGUGAAACUGGUCACCGACUGACCAAGAAAACCAUUUUAAAAGAACUAGAGACUCUACAAGAGGAUUUAUCACAGUAUGAGGCACGACUAUCUUUGCUUCAAGCCAUGCGUAAGCAUCUGACUCAUUGUUCAAAUGAUGAUGCUCAGCGGACAAUUCUAGCUACACUGGCUGACCUUCGAAAUCAGCUGCUUGUGGCUUCAAAGCGAUGUCGUGAGAUGUAUCGUGAUGCAGAGGAAAAUGAACUUAUUGUUGAUGACUUUGGACACAUGGCUGUGUCAGCAGCAGCAUUUCAUGAAUCACACCAACUUGACAACAGCCUCAGCGGCUCACACAGCUUCCAGCAGCAAACAACUCAUGGAACUGCAUGGUCAUGGUUGCGGUCAUUACCUGCGCAGAUAGUUGCUCUGAUGAUGCUUGCUGGGCUGGUGUAUGUCUUUGAUCCUGAUCUACUGUCUACCUUGAGUGAUUUGUCAAUCGUAAUCACACCAGAAUUGAAGCAUCUUGAUGGUCCACCUCCACUUUGAACAGCAAGGUGCAUAAGAUUAAGGUUGAAUACUCAUACAGGGAUCACUGUUGAUCCCAGAAGCCAUGUCUUGGAAGUUGGGUUGUGACCUAAUGAUUGUUGCAUGAGAGGCUUGGUUUUAAGGCAGAGGUCAGCAAAAAAAAAAAAAAAAAAAAAGACCCCAGAUUGUUGUGCCAUGUACUAUAAGCUAUCCCUGCACAGAGCUGUUUACAUGGUUUCAAGAGUCCACAUUCUGAUGGGCUUUUAUUUAAUCUCUUUUACAGGCUGCACUAGCUGCAAUCAAUCAAGAAGCAGUAUAAUGCAGAAAAAAGCAGUUUUAAAUGUUGCUUGAUGCUGCUGUUCACUUUUGUAUUUCUAGAAUGGCAUAAAAACUGAAACAUUUUGUGACUGACACUGGGCUCGAAGCUUAUAGAAGUGUCUAAAUGUCACUUCCUUUAACCCCUCAUUUCCACCCAUGCCUAAUCUUGCCACUUAAGGGGUGAAAGACUGGGAUGCAAAUAAGAUUUAAAGCUUGAUCAUUACCCGAAAAGUGCAGAUUUCAAGACUUUUUCUUAGCCCCAUAUAAGUGGUUACAGAUGGUGAUGAUGAACAGAGCUGGCAGGCAGCAAACCAGUAUUUAGAUUUGUUUUAAAUCAUGCAUUGUCAUAAUAUGCAGAUGAAAAUUUAAAAAGGAAAGUUGCAAACAAAAUUGACAAGGUCAUGAGAUCAUACUUCUCUUUACAAUGGUUGUGUUAUGCCUGAAGACCAGACGCUGUCAUAAACUGACAUGAUUUUGUAGAUCCAUGAAUGUUAGACUAGAUGGACAGAGUAAGAUUAUACAGUUGAUGAAUAACGAUGCAAAUAGUUUCUUUUAAAGAUUUACAUUUUUUUAAAUUUUGACUGGGGGUCUGACAAAUUGCAUGUGGACAGUGGAAGUAACUUGUGAAAGCAGUUCUUUGGCCCAUGCUUUCACAAUAGGCUUUGUAUCAAAGGCCCAAGCACUUACAUUAAAGUGUCAACUGUUUUUAACUGUUUUUCUUUUCUAAAUACAGGGAGACAAUUCUCUUUAAUAGGUCAUCUGACAUUCUGGAAACUUGUAUAUUUUUCCUUUAACUAUUUCAGUAUCUUGAAAUUGUAAUCUUGACGUGUAUCUUUUGGUACCACUGACGUAUAAUGAAUUCUUUAAGAAGUAGAAACUGAAAAUGGAACCUACGUGUCAAAAGGGUUAGUUUUUUUCAACAAUGCCUGUUGAAAACAUCAAGAAAAAUCACACGCAUUUGCAUUGAAUUUCAGUUCUAUCAUUUCAGAGAUUAAAACUUUAUAGAAGAAUGUCUCAUGCAUAUAGUAAAAAGUUCCAUUAGAUUUAUUUUUUACAUUGUAGUAAAACCCUUUUUAGUAUUGGCAAAAGUUUAUGCUUUAAUUUAUUUAUCUUUGGCUAAAAGAAUCAUGUGUUUGAGAUGACUUUGUGAAAAUGUUUGAUACAGAGAUUAUUCUGAUGGUCAAAAUAGACUUUCAUGUCAGAGCAGAUUUUGACAAAAUGUAACUGUGAUUUCAUAAUACUAAACUAAGAACUUAAGAUUUGGGUUUCUUCUGUAACACAGUGGUGCAUAAAUUUUGCAUAAUAUGAAUAUUGUCUUAUUCUAUUGCACCCUGGCGAUGUAUAAAAUGUUCUGUCCAGAUUUAGCAAGUGAUUAUACCACUCUUGAAGAUGGUGGCAUUCAAAAUAAUGCUACAUAGGUUUUGUAUACAAAUGUUAGACUGUUAUUAACAAAACUCGUAAAUUGAUUCAUUAAAAAACAUCCAGAAAUGCUUCCCGUUUCGAUCUAGUAUAGUGGUAGGUGUUUCCAUAUCAGUAAUUUUAUUAAGGCCCAGUAUCUCAGAGAGUUUACUAUUUCUCAAAAUGGGCUCAAACUGUUUUAAUAAUUUAAGCUUUACAUCACCGCAACCUCUAAUUGAUAGUAAUGAUAAUUUUUAAAACUAUUUAAGUUUCAGCUCUUAGGGGUUUAUAAAAAUGCAACAAAUGUACUCUUGCACAUUGUGAAUUUCAAGCUAUACGCUUUUGUGAUGAGCUGAGAAUUAUUCAUAGGUAAAUUAUUUUUUUUCCAUACUUUAAAGUAUUGGGUUUAUUUAGGAUGGAAUAUGAUGGCAAACUGAUUCUACAUUAAAAGUUUAGCGUGUUGAAUCAAGUUGUGGUUGCUAAGUCCCUCCUCUCUCACCCUGAAAAGAAGACCAUCUGUUUAUUGGUCACAGAAACUGUCAAAUGGCUAAAACAAAGUGUAUUUCUGCUGCUGUCAUCUUUUUCAAAGAAAUUAUGAACAAUGCCUGUCUUUUGCUACUUAUGUGGCCUUAAAAGUCAGUAUGCCUUAUUUUACAUCAGAUGCAUAUGGCUUGUACAGCUGUGUGAUGGCAGCAUUAAUGAUAAAUUCUAAAAGCCUACCGGGUUUCUUAAAGAAAACCUUUCUCAAGAUAAAACUGAUCAAUUUAUCACUGAAACAGAUCACAAGCAUACUCAUUCAUGAAGAGGAACGUCUGUCCUUUUUCAUCAUGCAUAAAUUUUACAAUUGUACUCAGCUAGUUUGCAGGAUCUUGUAUAUUUUGCACAUAGAUUACCUUAGUUUUUAUUGUGCAGGUGGAACAUUUCUGCCUUUCAAUCUGUUUGACGUGCUUUUAAACUUGCCGAAACUUGUAAAAAUGUAUGCACACAAUGGAAGCAUGCAGAAGUGUUGUGCAUUCCACGCAUAUGCAAACAUAGCACAUUCUUGGAAUAUUUAAGAAAAAUUAGAUUCUACACAUGCAAACUUUUCACUCAACAGUGUGAUGCAUAAACUGACACUUGGUUUGGACAGUGAAAAGAGAAAACUGGUUCAGAUAUGCAAUUUCUUUUCAACUGAGACUUCUGCAGCAUUGUAUCAGUGCGCUUAGGUAGAAGUUUCAUAUUGUGUUGGGAAUAGUGAUAGGGUGAAUAAUAGUCUGAUAUGGACAUUAAGUAUUAAAAUUAUUAGUGUUUGGAAAAUAGCAUUGUGGGAAGCUUGGGCAAAAUUGUGAGUCGCUGUAUUACACUUUCCCAUUUAAAGUCUGCCAGCUAUUCCUCUCUUGAGCUAUUAGCUGUAUGUUUUACAUAUAACGUUCUAAGCAGCUAUAUAUUUUCUUUAGAAAAGAGUGAAGAAAAAAAAUAUGAAAAAAUAAAAAGGGAAAAAAUAUCCACAAAAAA